AUGUCCAACACCAUGUUGACGGUCACUAUUACCAGUGCAGCUGCCAUCGUUGUGAUGGCACAAUUGGCUGCCCUGUGGAUGUUCGUCGACAUGUCCAGCUUCGAAGGGAAUCUCAUCACUAACAUGAUCGAUUUCAAGGAGGAAGCGAAUGAUGUGUGGCAGAAAAUAGUAUCCAACGACAUGCAGCGAUCUGCACGUUCUGUGCAUAACCAAAAACAUCGCCGUCAUCGUCAACGUGGAGCAAAAACCGUGAAUGCAGGAGCAUACUCAACCAGUCCAGCCGACAAUGGUGGAAGCGGAAGCAUAUCUUCCGAAUGUCCUGCAGGACCACCAGGGCCACCUGGCGAGGCUGGUACUCCUGGAGUGCUCAUGCAUACCGCUUAUAUAGAGGACGGCUUUCCCGGCCAAGACGGUCUGCCAGGAGUGGAUGGCAUGAAGAUGGGCUUCUACGCUGCAGCGAUGGGAUGUAUCAAGUGCCCUGCCGGAGAGCCAGGUGCACCUGGACCUGAUGGUCCACAAGGUCCCGCUGGAAAAGCGGGUGCUCCAGGUAAAUCGGGUUCCGAAGGAGAAGUAGGACCAGCAGGACCAGCAGGACCUCCUGGUCCACCUGGACCAGAUGGAGCUCCAGGUGAACGUGGUGCUGACGGUGAACCUGGCGCUAAUGGAGAGAGACACUUGAAAGGACCUCAAGGACCAGCAGGUCCCCCAGGACCACCAGGGGUGCCUGGAUCAGGUGGUGAUGCAUACGUUCAAGCUCCGUCUGAGCCUGGACCUCCUGGACCACCUGGACCUCCGGGCAAGGAUGGCGCACCUGGUCCAGCCGGACCUAUUGGAGAACCAGGAACGCCUGGAGAACCAGGACACGAUGCAGCAUACUGCCCAUGCCCUCCUAGAGUUGGCAUUACGUCAACUGAUGAAUCGCAUGAAGCCACGUCAUCCACGCACGGAGAAGCCUCUUCCGAUGAAGGACAAGAGCCAUCCUCUUCUGCUGCAGCUCAGAAAUCAUCCACCACGGGGGCCGUAUCAGUCUCGGUUACUGGUAGCACAGGAGCAGCAGAACAUGCCGGUAGUGCAGAAACACAGUCCCCUGCAGCUGCAGCUGAAAAGUCGGUGGCCACGGGAAGUGUAUCAUCGUCAUCUAGCACUGCAGGUACUGCUGAAACAGCUCCUGAGAUUCUGAAGGGAUCAUCAUCUGGAGGUGCACCGCAAGGUCAAACCGCAGGAUCUCAUGCAGAGGCAGACAGCCAUCCGGAAGGUGAGCUGAAGUCCGAAGGUUCAACUGGUAACGUGCAGGCGCAGGGAACUUCCGGAAAUGAUGCAGCAAACGCAGAAAUAACAGUUCAAACUUCAGGUGCUGCCUCUAGUGCUGGUGAACGCGUAUCGGUUUCAGCCCCUGAUGAUUCUCAAGGCACUGAAGUAAACGCUGAGGUAUCAGUGAAAGAGAAGACCAUAGUCGUUGAGCCAAGCGUUGAAAUAUCCCAGAAGAACCAAAAUGCAGGAGCUGAAGUAAACGUUGAAGAGAAAGUAGUGGGCAAGCAUGAAGGUAAAGAAGCUUCGACGACAACAACUAAUGUAGCAGUAAACGACGCUGGCCCAAGCGGUGCAGUUUCAGCUGCUUCAACUGCUUCAAAAGGUCGACAGGGUACUUCAGGAAGUUAUGCCGAAGUCGCCAAUCCUAAAAAGAAGAGCAAGCGAGCAACGUUAAGGAAAGCUAGAGCCCGAGGAGCUGCUACGCAUGGACGACGACGAGCUCGCAAGAAUAAUCAGAACAGAAGAAAGCAUUAA